AUGGACUCGGUGGCGUCGAACACCACCACCCCGUUCGCGGCGGCGAGCACGGCCGCCGAGGAGGAGGCGUCGACGCGGCGCGUCGCCAACCGCAUCAUCCGCGCGCUGCAGCACCAGCUCCGGCUGCUGCACCGCGCCGGCGCGGAGUUCUUCGUGCUCGGCGCCACGGGCAACGUGUACACGGUGACGCUGUCCACCACGCCGGCGUGCACGUGCCCGGACCCCGCCGUGCCCUGCAAGCACAUCCUCUUCGUGCUGCUCCGCGUCCUCGGCCUCUCCCUCGACGAGGCCUGCGUCUGGAGGCAGACGCUGCGCCCGUGCCAGGUCGCGCGCCUCGUCGGCACGCCCACGUACCCGGACGUGCUCGCCGGCGCGCGCGCCAGGGAGAGGUUCCACCAGCUGUGGUCGGCCCGCCCGGCCAACAAGGCUGCCAACGACCGGCAGGAGGCGUCGUCGCGGAGGCCACUCGACGGCGCGGCAUGCCCGGUGUGCCUCGAGGAGAUGGCGCCGGCACCAGCGUCAGAGAGCAGCAGCGGGACCGCCGCGUCGCAGGCGAUCCUGACGUGCAGGACGUGCCGGAACGCGGUGCACGCCGAGUGCUUCGCGCGCUGGAAGCGAAGCCGCUUACGACGGGCGGCGACGUGUGUCGUUUGCCGCUCACGGUGGAGGCAGCCGAACCGGGAGCAGGAACAAGAGCAGUACAUGAACCUCGCCGCCUACAUGAACGACGACGGCGACGUCACCAUGCAGAGCGCCGACGGCGGGCUGUGCGCGGGGUAG